AUGGAUAUCAACCAGGUGUUGGAGGGGACCUACGCUGCCGAUGCCAGCAUUCGUAACAGCGCCGAGCAGCAGCUCCUCCAGGCUGCCGACACCAACUUUCCACAAUACCUCACUGUCCUCGGCAGCGAACUCGCCAACGAACAAGCCGCUCCUCAAAUUCGACAGGCGGCCGCGCUGGCCCUGAAGAAUGCUUUCACUGCACGCGAGUACGCCCGGUUACGGCAGGUCCAGGAAAGAUGGCUCAACCUCGACACCCAAAUCAAGCAGGAGGUCAAGCAAAUGGCCCUUCGCACACUGGCCACAUCGAACAAGAAUGUAGGCUCGGCUGCCGCACAAUUCAUCGCUUCCGUCGCCGCCAUCGAGAUACCCCGCCACCAGUGGCCCGAGUUGAUGACCCAGCUCGUCGAGAACGUCGGCCAAGGCAGCGACAGCCAGAAGCAGUCGUCCCUCACCACAAUCGGCUUUGUUUGUGACACAGACGAUGCCGAGCUGAGGGACGCGUUAGCACACCACUCCAACGCGAUCCUGACGGCCGUCGUCCAGGGUGCCCGCAAGGAAGAGACCAACGCCGACGUCCGUGUAGCCGCCAUCAACGCUCUCAGCGACUCGAUCGAGUUUGUUCGCUCCAACUUUGACAAUGAAGGCGAGCGCAACUACAUCAUGCAGGUCAUCUGCGAGGCCACACAGGCCGACGACAGCCGCAUCCAGCAGGGUUCAUACGGAUGUCUUAACCGCAUAAUGGGUCUCUACUACGACAAGAUGCGCUUCUAUAUGGAGAAGGCACUCUUUGGUCUCACAAUCCAAGGAAUGAAGAGUGAUGAGGAGGACGUCGCCAAGCUGGCUGUUGAGUUCUGGUGCACCGUCUGCGAGGAAGAGAUUGCGAUUGAGGACGACAACACACAGGCCCAGGCCGAAGGCUCGACUGAGCUGCGCGAGUACUUCAACUUUGCCCGAGUCGCUACCCAGGAAGUAGUUCCUGUGCUACUGGAGCUUCUCGCCAAACAAGACGAAGACGCCGAUGAUAACGAGUACAACACCUCCCGCGCAGCAUACCAAUGUCUGCAGCUGUGGGCACAAUGUGUAGGAAGUGGUGUAAUGCCUCCGGUUCUUGCUUUCAUCGAAAAGUACAUCCGCUCAGAAGACUGGCAUUAUCGUGAUGCGUCCGUCUCCGCUUUCGGUGCGAUUAUGGAAGGUCCCGAAGAAUCAGUGCUAGACCCUAUUGUUAAGCAAGCCCUGCCUACUCUAAUUGGUAUGAUGGACGACCAGAACAUGUGUGUCAAAGACUCGGCCGCUUACGCUCUGGGCCGUAUUUGCGAAGCUGUUCCCAGUGCGCUUGACGCACAGCAGCACUUGCCUCCUCUGAUCGGUGCCCUAUUCAAUGGCCUCGCUAGCAACCCCAAGAUGGCUGCAUCAUGCUGUUGGUCGCUGAUGAACCUGGCUGACAGGUUCGCUGGGGAGCCGGGAUGCGAGACCAACCCCCUAUCGCCUCAUUUUGCUCAGAGUGUACAGAGCCUCCUGCAGGUUACCGAGCGAGCCGACGCCGACAACACAUUGCGCACGGCAGCGUACGAAGUACUCAACUCCUUCGUGAACAACGCUGCUGGCGACAGCGUUCAUCUAGUCAACGAGCUCGCCAACGUGAUCCUCGAACGCCUAGAAAAGUCCAUGGCGCUCCAGUCGCAGGUUGUGAACGUCGAGGACAAGCUGACCCUGGAGGAGAUGCAGACCAGCUUGGCGAGUGUCAUCAUGGCUAUCAUCCAGCGGAUGGAGAAUGAUAUUGGGCCUCAGGCAGAUCGCAUUAUGCAGGCCUUGCUAAGUCUGCUGUCGUCUCUGCCACCCAAGUCUAGUGUCCCGGAUACCGUAUUUGCUGCCAUUGGAUCAAUUGCGACGGCCCUUGAAGAGGAUUUCCAAAAGUACAUGGAGGCCUUCUCUCCGUUCUUGUACAACGCCCUCAACAACCAAGAAGAGCCUGCACUUUGCUCCAUGGCCAUCGGUCUGGUAGCUGAUAUCACUCGAUCAUUGGGCGAAAAGGUUCAGCCCUACUGCGACGCCUUCAUGAACGCUCUCUUGAACAACCUUCGGAGUCCAGCCCUGGGUAACCAGCUCAAGCCGGCUAUUCUGCAAUGCUUCGGUGAUAUCGCGCAUGCUAUCCAUGGCGCGUUCGAGACCUACCUGACUGUUGUUGCACAGGUACUCCAACAGGCUGGCCAGGUCACUCUGACGACCGACGGCAACUACGAGAUGAUUGACUACAUCACUUCUCUUCGGGAAGGUAUCAUGGACGCAUGGGAUGGAUGCAUUGUUGCGAUGAAGAGCAGCGGCAAGACUCAACUCAUCACUCCUUAUAUGGACUCGAUCUUUGACCUCCUGAGAACUAUUCAGGCGGAUAGCAACCGCACUGAAGCCCUCCUCAGGUCUUCAUGCGGUGUUAUUGGUGAUCUUGCCGAUGCCUUCCCGAACGGUGAAUUUAGGGAGUACUUCCGACACGACUUCCUGACCGCAAUGGCGAGGGAGACGCGUGCGAACGCGGACUUUAGCGGUCGAACACGUGACACCGCUCGAUGGGCACGAGAACAGAUCAAGCGCCAGAUUGGCGGCAACCAAGCCGUGAUGGCCUGA